CACAUUUUUUUUUUAUAAAAUCCUCUCAAGUAUGGUACGUUUUAACGUUGAAUAUCUUUCAAUUCUUGUCUUUCUUGCUAGACAAAAAGAUACUAAAAUAAACGUUGAAAGAAAAAACCGAAUGCAUAACUGCAAAGGCAAAGCCUAUAAAUAUACAGGAUUUCCAGAUUUAAGCGAAACGAUUUGUUUCCUUUGAACUGCUUGAUCGGCUGAUCCCCCAAAUCCAAAAACCACCGUACAAACCCUAAUCCUAACACCUCGUAAAAUCAACCCACUAAAAUCAAGACCGACCCAAAAAUGGUGUGCAUACGCAAAGCCACCACAGAUGACCUCUUGGCCAUGCAGACCUGCAACCACUUAUGCCUACCGGAGAACUUCCAUAUGAAAUACUACCUCUACCACAUCCUCUCGUGGCCGCAGCUCCUCUACGUGGCUGAGGACAACAACGGCCACAUCGUCGGCUACGUACUGGCGAAGGUGGAGGAGGAGAGCAACGUGUGCCACGGCCACAUCACCUCCCUAGCGGUGCUCCGCACCCACCGCAAGCUCGGCCUGGCCACGAAGCUCAUGAACGCGGCACAGAACGCCAUGGUGCAAGUGUUUGGAGCCGAGUACGUGUCGCUUCACGUGAGGAAGAGCAAUAGGGCGGCCUUCAAUCUGUAUGCGGAGACGUUAGGGUACAAGAUUCAUGAUGUAAAGGCCAAGUAUUAUGCGGACGGGGAGGAUGCCUAUGAUAUGAGGAAGAAGUUGAAGGGGAAGCAGAUUCAUCACCAUAAUGAUCAUGGACGGCAUGGGCAUGGGCAUGCUCAUGCCAUUGGUGGUGGGUGUUGUUCUUCGGCGGAGGCGAAGGUGAGCGGAAAGAAGGAAACGAAGGCUACGUAAUAAAUUUUUUUUUUAAUCGAUCAUUUGGGGAAAUUGGUGUUAUUGGGAAAUUGGCGUUUGGUACUUGGUUAAUGUCUUUGAUACAGCAUGUUAACGAAAACGUCUUGGCGUUUGGCCAAUUCCUCCCACAUAUAUCUGAUUAUUCAACAAAAUAUGAGAUAAAGUUAAAGAUCUUGUGAUACUGUUGAGGAAGAAAACUUCGUGUGGAAGGAUCAAGAAACAAAGGAGCUUUUAAGUCCACGUGAAAUUGCUGUAGCAUAAAAUAUAGCUUAAC